AGGUUAGUAAAUUAGUGCAGAAGGAACAUCAUACGCAAGUCUUUAGAUAAACCCGGCAGCGUCUCCGCAAUUGAUCUCGAUUAGGGUUUCUCGAAAGUUUCUAAUUUGGUCAAAAGACCUUAUCUUCUCACUGAAGAGAGUGAUACAAAGUUCGAUUCAUCAAUGGCAGCCUUUCAGAUAUCUGGAUCCGUAGUCACUGGAAAAGUCCCUUCUUUCGAUGGGCUUCGCCUCUCUAAACCCACAUUUGCCGCCCCCUCAUCAGUUGGAGCUUCUGGGCUCGGCGUCGUGCAGAGGUCCUACAGAGGUUUUGUUGUCAAGGCUGCCACUGUUGUUUCCCCCAAGUACACCUCCGUCAAGCCUUUGGGUGAUAGAAUACUUAUAAAAAUAAAGACUUCUGAAGAAAAGACUCAGGGCGGCAUUUUACUUCCGACCACUGCACAGACUAAACCUCAGGCAGGUGAGGUUGUUGCUAUUGGGGAAGGCAAAACCAUUGGAAAGGCCAAAGUUGACAUCAGUCUUGAGACUGGAAAACAAGUGGUGUAUUCUAAGUAUACAGGGACGGAACUGGAAUUUAAUGGAGCUAAUCAUCUUAUUUUGAAGGAGGAUGAUGUUGUAGGGGUUCUUGAAACAGAAGAUGUUAAGGAUCUCAAGCCUCUAAACGACCGGGUCCUUAUCAAGGUUGCUGAAGCUGAGCAGAAAACUGCUGGAGGUUUGCUUUUAACCGAAGCUACCAAGGAAAAACCCUCCAUUGGAACGGUCGUUGCGGUUGGACCUGGAACAUUGGAUGAGGAGGGCAACAGAAAACCGCUGACCAUCGCAGCAGGCAGCACUGUUCUCUACUCCAAGUAUGCGGGGAAUGAGUUCAAGAGUGCUGAUGGUUCCGACUACAUUGCCCUUAGAGCUUCGGAUGUCAUGGCUGUUCUCUCCUAGAACCACAUAGCAUUGCUUUAUAGUUUUGUUUUGGAGAAUGCAUGAACUCUUGAAGAUUUUGCGUUUAGUUCAGAGGCAAAAAGAGGCCAUUGCAGCUUUUUUGUAGUUUGGUUCAGUGACGGUGCGUUAUCUAAUAUCUUUCAGUUUUGAGUGGUCAUUACUUUUCUACAGCUCGAGUCCCAGCAUAAUGUAUUGCCUGAAGUAGUUUAGGUUCUCGGCUGUUUUGUAAUUUUCCGGUUUCCCAUUUCUUAAAGACUUUUCAUCUUGGUUUCAAGGUUUCUGCACUAAAUGUCUAUGAUUUUGUGUGGGAACGUCGGUGAGUGAAAAAUCAUUCGCAUC